GCCGGCUCCUAGGUGGGAGCUCCGUAGCGAGUGCAGUGUGUAGUACGGUCGGUGCCAUGCCGUCAUCGCCGCUGCGGGUGGCGGUGGUGUGCUCGAGUAACCAGAAUCGGAGCAUGGAGGCACACAACAUCCUCAGCAAACGGGGUUUCAGUGUCCGCUCCUUUGGAACAGGAACUCAUGUGAAGCUCCCAGGACCAGCACCUGACAAGCCCAAUGUUUACGACUUCAAAACCACAUAUGACCAGAUGUACAAUGAUCUCCUCAGGAAAGACAAAGAACUCUAUACACAAAAUGGAAUUUUACAUAUGUUGGACAGAAAUAAAAGGAUCAAACCCCGGCCAGAAAGGUUCCAGAACUGCAAGGACCUGUUUGACCUGAUCCUCACUUGUGAAGAGAGAGUCUAUGACCAAGUUGUAGAAGAUCUGAACUCCAGAGAACAGGAGACCUGCCAGCCAGUGCAUGUGGUCAAUGUGGACAUCCAGGACAACCACGAAGAGGCCACCCUGGGGGCCUUCCUCAUCUGCGAGCUCUGCCAGUGUAUCCAGCACACUGAGGACAUGGAGAAUGAGAUCGACGAGCUGCUGCAGGAGUUCGAGGAGAAGAGCGGCCGGGCCUUCCUGCACACUGUCUGCUUCUACUGAGCCCCGAGGGGCGGGGCCUGCCCUGCACUGCCACCCUUGGAGCCAUUUCCAGUGUGUUUUCCCUUCUGAAGUUUGCCUGUGCUGCGGGGUGGGCAUAGUCAAUGUACUGUGCAUACAGAAGGAAAGUGCUCAGGCCCGCCAGAGCCAGGCCCGUUGUUUUUAACCACAGGAAUAAAAGAUGGCCUACUGCACAGCUA